CUAGGUGCUUUGAAGACAACGUGGGGCAGCAUGGAGGUGGCCCUGGCUGGCCUCUGUGCCGUCCUGCUCUGCUGCGGGCCCACGCUGGCCUGCUGCCGCAGGGUGACUAUCUUCCCAUCAGUGUUGAAUUUCCAUGAAGGCGGCAUAGCCACCUUCUCCUGCAAUAUCUCCAUGGAGAGUGACUCUGGCUCAGAGUACAGCCUCAACUGGUACAAGGAGACCAACCUCAGCCAAGCCCAAAAAAUAGCUGAGAUCAGCCAAAACAACCCCACGAUGAAGACGGAGAAAUACCGGCUCACCAAUCACACUCCUGUCUUCACGAUCGAGAUCCUGAACCUCCACCAGAAUGACUCGGGCUCCUACUACUGUGGACUGAUCACCCUCUUUGAACCCAAUAAAGUGAUGGAGAGCAAACGGUCCGAGCUGAUGGUCACAGCAGCCCCUGAGAUGAAUCCAACUGAGGAGCCAGAGAUAGAGGAAGGCAACCUCUCAGACCACAUCAAGGCCAUGCUCCUGGGGAUCCUGCUGCUGGCCGGGGUAGUUCUGCUGCUGAUCUUUGGCUACCUCACCAUCACGUACAGGAGAGGAGAUGUGCAGAAACCACCAAGUGAAAACAUGCCAGCGAAGGAAGAGAAGCCCCCUGUGGUGUCGGUAUCCACUGUGGACUAUGGUGUGCUGGAGUUUCAGAGGGAUCAGUGCACACACGUGCUCCCUGAGACCCAGCCUGUUGACCAGACGGAAUAUGCCACCAUCAUUUUCCCAGAGGAGAAACCCGUCACACCGGAGCGGGGGAAGAAAAGCCAGGACAAGAGAACUCGACAGCUGCACUCACAGCCCUGCUGA